GCACCUCCCAAAGCAGUGCGAAGGCACAGUCGAGGGGCACACCCCGUGUGUCGCCGUAGGCUCUGCGUCGUGCGGCGAACAAACCGUCGGAGGAGGAGCCGUAUGUGCCUCUAUAACCACGCUCGCGAGUCUCCUCUGCCCCAGCAAAACACAAGCCGCCCAAUUCCGUCCCCAACCCUCCGCUUUUGAGCAUUCUUUCCCUCCCACUCCACGGGCAUUCCCGCUGCCGCUGCUGUUGCCCCCCGAGCUUCCUCGAUCGCCCCGUCCUCUCUCUCUCUCUCUCUCUCUCUCUCUCUCUCUCUCUCUCUCUCUCCUCGGUUUCAUUAAUGCCUUUCUCUCUUUCUUUCCUAUUUUAGUAAAACGAUGACAUAGUGACGAGGGAUGAGGAGAACAGAGCAUAUGUGGUGGCAGCAGCGCCGAAAGCUUUGCUUUUGGCAACUCAUGGCAUCCGAGUUAUUUUACUACUCUCGAGUGACAUCCAAGCGUGAACUAAACCCUACACAAAAAUACAGAGAAGAAAAGGAAAGAAACAAAGCGAUAGAUUCUUCCUGAGCGCAAGCUCCUGAAGCGGGGAAUAGUUUUCGUCUUGUUGACUCUUCACGGUCAUAGCAGCAGAAUAGAUGCUCAUAGCUGGAUAGAGGUGGCCGAGCCAUGCUGGCAGUAGUAGAGACAGAGCGCAGCUGCUUCCAUCGGUCGACGUACACUGGUGAGAUGCCCGUCCGGCAGAUGCCCAAGGACCCUAAGGGGGAGAAGUCUUUCAUCUCAAAGAAACCCUUGCAGAACUGCAUGAACCAGCAGAAGCUCCACGGCGGGUGCCCACUGCAGGAAAUGAAGAAGAACAUGGAACGGAGGCGAGGACGAAGAAAGGGGAAAACCGACGUGGAUCCGGCGACGGAAAUAGAAACGGGACUAAGCAUUGGCCCCCCUGUCUCGAGCAAAGGUAUCUUCUUCUGCCGGCGGCCGGGGUUUGGACAGGUCGGUUCCAGGUGCAUUGUCAAGGCCAAUCAUUUCCUUGCCGAGUUGACCAACAAGGAUUUGAUUCAGUACGAUGUCACAAUUACGCCAGAGGUGAGCUCCCGAAGUAUGAACAGAGCCAUCAUGUCCGAAUUGGUGAGACUGUACCGAGAGAUUGAGUUGGGCAUGAAGCUUCCUGCUUAUGAUGGAAGGAAGAACCUCUACACAGCUGGGUAUUUGCCUUUCAAUUCAAAGGAGUUCGUCAUAAAGCUUGUAGAGGAGGAUGGCAGGAUAGGGAUUGCAAGAGAGAAGGAAUACAGAGUAGCGAUCAAGUUUGUAGCUCGAGCAGAGAUUUACCAUUUGCAGCAGCUUAUAGCUGGGAGGCAGACUGAUGCACCUCAGGAAGCCCUGCAGGUUCUCGAUAUUGUUCUGAGGGAAUUGUCGAACCAGAGGUACAUACCUGUUGGGAGAUCGUUCUAUUCUCCGGAUAUCAGGAAACCACAAUGGCUGGGUAAUGGUUUACAAUCAUGGUGUGGUUUCUAUCAGAGUAUUAGACCUACACAGAUGGGACUAUCUCUAAAUAUUGAUAUGUCCUCCACGGCUUUCAUCGAACCACUUCCUGUGAUGGAAUUUGCAGCUCAGAUCCUGGGAAAGGAUGUACUGUCAAAGCCUUUGUCAGAUGCUGAGUGUAUCAAGAUUAAAAAGGCUUUGAGAGGAGUGAAAGUCGAAGUCACUCAUAGAGAAAAUGUGAGGCGAAAAUAUCGAAUUUCAGGGCUGACCUCCCAACCUACUCGUGAAUUGAUUUUUCCAGUCGAUGAGCAAAUGAAUAUGAAAUCUGUGGUUGAGUACUUCAAAGAGAUGUAUGGGUUCACAAUUCAGCACUCUCAUCUUCCAUGUCUACAAGUGGGAAAUCAGAAGAAAGCAAAUUAUUUGCCAAUGGAGGCUUGCAAGAUAGUUGAGGGUCAAAGAUACACAAAGAGGUUGAACGAUAAGCAAAUUACUUCACUUCUAAAAGUUACAUGCCAGAGACCCAGAGAACAGGAAAAGGACAUUUUGCAGACAGUUAUUCAAAAUGAGUAUGAACAAGAUCCAUAUGCAAACGAGUUUGGUAUCAACGUUAGCUCCAAGCUAACCUCGGUAGAAGCGAGAGUUCUGCCUGCUCCAUGGCUAAAAUAUCAUGACACUGGAAAAGAGAAACAGUGUUUACCUCAUGUUGGUCAGUGGAAUAUGAUGAACAAGAAAGUGAUUAAUGGAUGCACAAUAAAUGAUUGGGCCUGUAUUAACUUCUCAAGAGGUGUUCAAGAAAACACGGCUUUUGGUUUUUGUCAAGAGCUAGCACAAAUGUGCCAAAUAUCUGGCAUGAAAUUCAAUUGUGAACCAGUAAUACCAGUCUACUCUGCAAAGCCAGAGCAAGUGGAGACGGCUCUUAAACAUGUAUACAGUGCAGCAAUGAACAAACUCAAAGGAAAAGAGCUUGAGUUACUUAUUGCCAUCCUUCCAGACAACAAUGGCUCUUUAUAUGGUGAUCUUAAACGAAUAUGUGAAACUGAUCUGGGAUUAAUAUCCCAAUGCUGCUUAACAAAGCAUGUGUUUAAAACUGGCAAACAGUAUCUGGCAAAUGUCUCACUCAAAAUUAAUGUGAAGAUGGGAGGAAGAAAUACAGUCCUUUUAGAUGCUAUAAGUUGGAGAAUUCCAUUGGUCAGUGAUAUACCAACCAUAAUAUUUGGAGCAGAUGUCACUCAUCCUGAAACUGGAGAGGAUUCUGGUCCAUCAAUUGCUGCUGUUGUUGCGUCCCAGGAUUGGCCUGAGGUCACAAAAUAUGCUGGACUUGUGUGUGCUCAGGCUCAUCGACAAGAACUCAUUCAGGAUCUAUUCAAGACAUGGAAUGAUCCUCAGCGGGGUACUGUUACUGGUGGCAUGAUCAGGGAACUUCUAAUAUCUUUCAGAAAAGCAACAGGACAGAAACCAUUGAGGAUAAUCUUCUAUAGGGAUGGAGUAAGCGAAGGACAAUUUUACCAAGUUCUAUUGCACGAAGUAGAUGCUAUUCGAAAGGCAUGUGCAUCUUUAGAACCAAAUUAUCAGCCUCCUGUGACUUUUGUGGUGGUACAGAAGCGUCAUCAUACGAGACUAUUUGCUAACAACCACAAGGAUCGGAGUAGCACAGACAAGAGCGGCAAUAUCCUACCUGGUACCGUGGUUGAUUCUAAGAUUUGUCAUCCUACCGAAUUCGACUUCUAUCUCUGCAGUCAUUCUGGGAUCCAGGGUACGAGUCGGCCAGCGCAUUAUCAUGUACUGUGGGAUGAGAACAAUUUCACGGCCGACGAGAUGCAGAUCCUGACAAAUAACCUCUGUUACACGUAUGCUCGGUGCACUCGUUCUGUCUCAGUUGUGCCACCCGCAUAUUAUGCUCAUCUAGCUGCAUUCAGAGCCCGGUUCUAUAUGGAUCCAAAUAUAUCAGAGAAUUCGCCGACACCAAGCAUGGGCUCUGUGAAACCUCUGCCUGCAUUAAAAGAGAAGGUGAAGCAAGUGAUGUUCUACUGCUGAGGCAGAAAGCAGGAGAAUUACUUGUACAUCAAUGUUGCAUUUGCAGUGUAGAGGAGAGCAGUUCAUCACAGUUUUCCGACAGAAUUGAAGUUGCCAACAAAGCUGAACGAAGUGCACCAUCCAUACUUUGUACAGUUAUUAGAUCAGAAAUGACUACUACAUCUUCCAUAUCAAAUACAAGCUUAGGCCAAGGGGUUUACAUUGUUCCAGACAUGUACCUACUUAUAAAGGUGUCUAUGUAUAUGCCAAGGAAGCUAUCCUCUUUCUUGUGCUUGUAGGAAUAUGGUUUGUCUUACCAUCAUGAAUCUCAUUCUGCUAUAGAAAGGGAUUUCUAUGUUACCUAUUGAAAGUUUUAA